AUUUAUUUACUGCUUUGACUCUUGAGAAGUAAAAAGAACAAGAUUAAAGGAAGUAAGUGCUAAAAUAUUGAAAAGGAAAACCCAAAUAAAGAUGUGGCAUAAUUUCCUUCUCAAAAGAAAUUGUCGGCCACAGUUAAAAAAUGGCUAGCUUAAGCUAUAUCGAAUAGGCACGUCGUCUGCUGUGCCCGUUUUCAAACACAAUUGGCAUGUAGGAGAAAGCCUUACCAUCUUAUGACCUGAAUAAAUUACCGUCCAAUAUCUGCCAGUGUUUUUCUUGACCCGUGAGAGGAAAGUUGCCUUAUUAUCUGGCACCAAGGAAUUGCCUGUCCUUCACUGAAUUAGUUGAGCUAUAGAAAAGAAUGUUUAUGAAGUUACAACAAUCAGUUUGUUCUCAUAAGAAGCUAUUGGGAAAUGCCAAGAGAAUCCCCAUGCCCUAGGGGCUUGGUUCUACAGUAAAGGUUGUGCAAUGUUGAAAGCAAAAUGUGCUAGGUGGCUAGGUGCACAUCACGAGUUUGAAGCUUGGCUGUUAGACCAAGUUUUGUGUUUAAGCGGAGAGAGCAGAGUGACGAGCCUAAUAUCCCAAAAAUUUCUCGGUCAUAAAAAGAAUUGACGAGAGAGUCCACAAGAUUUUGCCGUUAGGACAGUGUUCCAAGAGUUCGACAUGUCUUCGUUUGCGAUCAUUUUCAAGCUCUUGAAUUCCUUUUCAGAUCUGUGCAUCAUCCAGUGUAUUCCUUCCCAAAACAGGAAAUGAGCCUGCUAAGGUCUAGAAACAAUGUGGAACAGAUAAUAAACGGUUAAUUCUUCAAUAAUAUCAAGGCUUUUCUGAUUCAGUUGGGCUUCUACAACGCCAUAAUCCACAAAUAGAAAGGAGCUUCAUUGUAUCUUUUAGUUCCGGAAAAUGGAAGAAUAAUCUGAUGGGUCUAGGAAGAAGUGGAUGGAUUCGUUGUCUUUGCCCUCUCAUCUGAGUUUGAGGAGUACAUACUCAGCUAGAAAACCAGGAGUUGCAGUUCCUGAAUUUGUAAAAUUGCAUAAAGGUAGCUCAAAAACCAGAUAUUUACCUCAAAGGUAUCGUAUGGCCACUGCAAAUAGGGAGGAGUUGAAUGGGAUAGAAGAAGGUGAUGGAGUGAUAAUUGUGGAUCAUGGGUCCCGCAGAAAGGAGUCCAAUCUUAUGCUAAAUGAAUUUGUAGCAAUGUUUAGAGAGAGAACCAAAUACCCCAUUGUGGAGCCUGCACACAUGGAGCUAGCAGAACCAUCUAUCAGAGAUGCGUUUAGUUUAUGCGUUCAACAAGGAGCACGUCGAGUUAUUGUGAGCCCCUUUUUCCUUUCUCCUGGACGACAUUGGAACCAGGAUAUACCUUCUUUAACAGAUGAAGCUGCAAAAGAGCAUCCAGGAAUAUCUUAUGUCAUUACUGCACCUCUUGGCCUUCAUGAAUUACUUGUUGAUGUUGUGAAUCAUAGGAUCAAUCAUUGCUUGAGUCAUAUUGCCGGGAAAGCAGAUGAGUGUUCAGUUUGUGCUGGAACUGGAAAAUGUCAGCUUCGGCAGUGAUAAUAUAUAUGAAGCUUACCUAGGCUUUGUUAUGUGGAGAGAAUCUGCUGUUGCUGAUGCCAGUUGACUUAGUCGGAUCUGGACGCGAAGUUACUGCCGCUUGAAAGUAUGUUCAAUUAUCUCCCACAACUCAAGCAUCCAAGUUACCACAAGGACUUUGAUAUUUGCGAGUUAGUAACAGCUUUCAAAUACAAAUAUCAACUGGAGAGUGCUUAGUUUCUCCACACAGCUGAUGGAUAGUUGGGGGAGCUGGACUGCAUCAUGAUUAUUCUCAUCUUUAAUGAAAUUUCGUCAAUGUUGUAAAUCAUAUAGGGUGGUUCAGAGCUGUUACUACUGAACUCAUGGCUGGCCAUCAGGUGCUGGUGGAUUGCUCUUUAUUCCUAGAGUAUUUGGUUUGAGAGUAUUGCAGUCUUAACAGUUUGUGCUUUAAUGUGUCUUCCUUUACUCAUUACCAUUAGUUAACAAGGAUUUUAUAUACAUGGGUUGUAGCUAAAAUUGUUGGGUAUUGCAUUUAGCUUUUCUUGUCAACAAGAAUAAUGUUCAUUAUUUCAUUAUGAAAUGCUUAGAAUCAGAAUUCAUGACGACCAUGGUCGCUGCUAUACCGUGGUUGUCCAUGUUUGAAUUUGGCACUAUA